UUAGUAACUGCUGGCCAAGCUGACCGAUGGCAUUUAAGCCUCUAUAAGUACCCAGCUUUGAAAUUUUUUCAUCCUCAGCUUUUCCAAUAUGUCGCUCACAUAUUUCCAUCAACCUUUUGAAGAGUCGUGGACCCAAACCGAUAGAGGAAUCGAUGAAGAUCGUUACCAUCCUUCGUAUUCAUGUCACUUGCAUAAAUCCUUGCGAAACAAGUUUCUCUGGCAUUUUGUGCCCACGUUUCUUAUGGUUUUUGGAACAGAGUUUGAAGAAGCAUUUCUCAUUCGUACUUCAGCCGUAUGGGCUGCUCACUGGCCUGAAGAUGUGACUUUUGGGGAGAAGCCACUGCACCAACGGACCUCUCUCAUGAAGCGAGUAGUCUAUCCACCUGGAUAUAGUGGCAGCGAACUCGAUAUUGAGGAUCUAGAACUUCGUUAUGGUGUUUCUAGAUAUGAGGCGCAAACAAUGAUACGAGACAAGAUUACUCAAGCAACAUUGUAUAGUUUCUUCAACGAUAAUAAUCAAACUUACCAGAGAAUUUUGCACACAUAUGCGAAUGAUGAAGCCAGGAAAAUGUGGCACGGAAUGAUGAAUUCCAUCCGAAACUUUCUUGUUCAAGCAGUAAACAACUUUCAUCCAUAUAUUCAAUCUUAUGGCCUUCCGCCUUCAGCUUGGGAAACAUCUUUGAAUCAGGCAGUUCUUCUAUGGGAUGUUCAUAACCAUCUUCCAGUAUCAUUUCACAAAGAGUACCCUUCAUGGCCCCGUUACCAUUAUCUAAUGAAAGAGCCAGAGAAUGGAGACCAUCGGACGCUCAUCUGGGAAUACCCUUCAGCACUUUCGGCAGUGGAAGCAGCACUCCCUCCACCUUGGCUGCCUUGGUAGAUACGAUUGCUGCCUUGCCCAAGCUAUUUCUUUGCUUUGACCCCACCUUGCUUUAUUACAUCGUUGUCCUGCUUGUGAUAUAAAUGAACAACC